AUCUCCAGAAACUCAUCUCAGGCACAAAACAGGCCAGAGUGCAACCCUCAGGAGCCUGCCUUUAUGCUUCCCCUGAAGGGCAAUGUUGUUCCAUCUGCCUCAACAGCAGUCCAAGGUAACACGUGGUUGCAAGUGGAUUCUGUUAGCCGGAGCCGUAGGAAUUGUGGUGUUCUGUAUGCUGUUAAUCACAAGAUAUGCAAACGGAAGACGAGGCAGCACAGCGGGCAAGCCGAAGCUCGUGCUGCUAAUGGCGCCCGUGGGUCGGAGCGGCAGCACUUGGCUUGGGAAGAUGCUGUCGUUGCUGCAUCCCGAAGGUUUAUACCUUUACGAGCCGGAAUACAUGCUGACUCGAAGUGGCUCCCCCGUCAUUCGCGAGGACGAGGCGGUGUCACUCAUCGCAGGCCUUUUCAACUGCAAAAUAACGGAAGAGUUUGUUGAGUGGAUGAAGUCAAUGCCAGAUAUUCGCACUGUGUACCGACACACCUUUACUACCAGAGUGUGCAGAAGACUGGAUUGGGGGUGUCUUCAAGCUGACCAACUCGCUCGGCUUUGCGGAGAAACCAAGUAUAGAUUGAUCAAGACGAUCCGCCUGCGCCUGUCCUGGAUCCGCCGCCUUCUCGCCGCGCCUGACUUGAACCUCAAGGUCGCAUUCCUGCUCCGCGACCCACGUGCGAGCCUUGCAUCGCGGAAGCGGCUGGGCUGGAGCAUGGGCGCGCGAGAGCUCUGCCCGAGGAUUGAGGAGGAUCUGGGGCACGUGGCCGAGCUCGAAAGGCUCUUCCCAGACAGAUUUUUCUUUCUGAAAUAUGAAGACGCGUGUUGGGAACCCUACGGUUCCGCACUGAGUAUAUACAGGUUCCUCAUAGGCGAGGGCGUCGCUGCUCUGCCGGAGGUAUGGCGAUCCUACCUCGACCAGACAGCCUCCAGAACCGAGGCCGAAGAAUGGAGGAAGGAGGUCGACGGAGCGACCCUAGAGGAGGUGGAAGAGUCCUGUGGUCGCGUUAUCGACUUUCUCGGGUACAGUCAUUUCGCUUCUACGAGAGAAAUGAGAAACCUCACCAUUCCGCUGCUCAUAUGAGCCUUGCAUGAUCGGCCGCAUUUCUCGCACGACAAAUUCCUUCUUUUUCCCAAGGGCUCACGUCCCCCUUCCAAAUUACUGAAACGUGAAGUAAGACUAGGAAAUGAGUGGAGAGGCUGGCGAAAAAUAACAGCUAUUAUUCCCACCAAUUUGCGAAUUUAUAGUGAGGGAGUUUCAAGAACUGUGUAACUUACUGUAGAUAUAUUUUUGUAUUGAUCUUCUUUUUUUUUUUUUUU